CUCUUUGGGAAUUAUAUGGAUAAGGGAGCGUUUAUUGAGAAACUGGGAUUACCCUCCGUGGAUGAACCCGAUUCCAUACCGACCAACACCAACCGCUACGUGCUUGCCGACGUCACCAGCUUCUUUACCAUGCUGGUGGGCAUCUACUUCCCCUCCGUGACAGGUAUCAUGGCUGGAUCAAACCGAUCCGGUGAUUUGCGGGAUGCCCAGAAGUCCAUUCCCAUCGGCACCAUCCUGGCCAUCACCACCACCUCCAUCAUCUGUAUCUUCUCAGAUAGAAACACACACAGCGCUCCACCUGCUGGACACAGUCUGAUAUAACACCCUACCAGCCAUACAGUUU